AAAAGGUGAAGAGCAGAAAACUUAAAGACAUCAAGUACUGCGGAGCUGAAAUCAGACGCCACAAACUAAAGAAAGAGAAUAUCUUUCUGAGCCAUUUUAAAUUGUUUGCUGUAUUUAAAGAAAUCUAACAGGUCUUUGGAGAUGGAAAGCCUACGAGUGGUCGUCUACCUGUCCGUCUUCCUCUCAGUGAUGACAUCUGUUUGUCGGGGUGAAAGGUCAACUGAGAACCAGCUGCCCUCUGCAUCAGAUGUGCCAGCCUUUGGACUUGAACUGGCUGAAGCUCUGCAGGGUCUCCUAGAUGAAGCUGACAGCAGAGUUGGUCUCUCUGUGGAGAAGAAGGCGAGCGUCAUUCCCAGGUGUGACGUAGGCGAGCGCUGUGCAAUGAAACACGGGCCUCGGAUCGGACGGCUCUGCGACUGCCUCAGAGGAACGGCCUGCAACACCUUCUUCCUGCGCUGCUACUGAUCCCUCACUCCCUUUAUUAUUUCCACCCUCAUAAGAAGGUGAAAUAUAACCGUUAACAUAUAAUCAGGUCUGUUCUGUUAUACGGACUUUAACUGUUCUCACAAAGAUCAAAGUAUGCACUGACACACACUCCUAGAUUUGUCUGCAUGUUUGUUGUUUUAAAGUUUUUGUGUCUGUAAUACAGAGUGAUUUAUUUUGUUAAUAAAGAUUGUUCAUACAGCUCCUGGACUUUAGUGAUGUUAUGAUUUUCAUACCACAUCUUAGGUCAUUUAUUUGCCUGACGAGUCAAACACAGACUGUUGAAGCAUUAAAUCAUUGUGUCUUUAACACAUACAUGUGGUCUAUUGUUUUUAUGCUUAAACUAUAAACAGAAUCAAAUCUUUAAUUCAGGUUUUAAGUUAUUAGUCUCCCCCUUAUUUAUUGUGAAUUAAUGUUUACAUAAAUCUGGAAUUUAAAUAUGUCCGUUGUCUGUCCUAUAAAGUUGUCUUAAACAGAUGAAUGUUAUAGAGAGAAAUGUUUGUUUGAUAUAUUCUUUACCCUGCUGAUAUGUAUGAUUUAGCCUGUGAAUCUUUAUCUUUUUUGCAAUUAAAUAAAUGGUGGUGUACCACA